AUGCGAACUACAGGUAUUGUGGAAAAUUCGAUAACUUCUUCAUCAUCUGAUCACGAUAGUUCAGCAAGUUUACCAUCACCUCCAAAGCAAGCACUAAUGGAUGACGAUUUUGUCAAAACUCUCGAACAACUCUCGAGACAACAGAGUUCACGAGCUCUAAAUACUGCAGAACAAGGCAUCACACCUCAACAUGGUAAUUUCAGGACUGUAUUGAAAAGACCUGAUUUGAAAGGUGUCUCUUUUUUGUAA